AUGGUCGAAGUCCCCGAAGACCAGAAAAUCGAAUACGUUCCACCAACGAAAUACAACCAUGAAUCUGUCACGCGCGACUCACUCACCGAAACGUCUGGUACGAUUCGAGAAGGACCAAUCAUCAUUCUUCGGCAUCACCCCCAAGCCUCGGGCGGCAUCGGGCAGCUCAGAGACCUGACCUGGGGCAGAGGCGACGAGUUCGUGCUCGACUUUGGCCUGCACCUCGUGGGCCAUGUCGCCUUCCAUCUCGAUGCCGAGGGCCUCAACAUCGAUGCGCCAUGCCGUUUGCACCUCACAUUUGGAGAGUCUCCAUUCGACGUCACCGAGCGGAUGGACGAUAUAGAGACCUGGAUCAGCACUAGCUGGCUCCCCGACGAGACCAUAAACAUCGAUUUCAUGCCAGAGGACGUCACAAUACCACGCCGCCAGUCUUUCCGGUACCUACGAGUGCAAAUCAUCGACACAUCACCAAAGUACAAAGUCGCAUUCUCCAACUUCAUCGUUACAUCCGUCAGCGCGGUGCCCUCCGAUUCACAGCUCGAGCUAUACAGCUUUGGAGAGAACGACACCCUCCUCGAGACCAUCGACGAGAUAUCAGUUCUGACAUUGCGUGACUGCAUGCAGACCGUCUUCGAGGACGGCCCGAGACGCGAUCGACGCAUGUGGAUCGGAGACCUGCGGCUACAAGCCCUAACAAGCUAUCAUACCAUCAAGGACUUCAACCUCGCCAAACGUUGUCUAUUUAUGUUUGCAGCACUGCCCCGCGAAGAUGGCUCCUUACCAGCAUGUCUGUUCGAAAAGCCGAAACUGACACCAGCAACGGAUUACAUCGUGGACUACGAUGCACUCUUCGGCGUCAUCGUGCACGACUAUGGCUCCCUGUCCGGCGCACUCGCCCACCUGGACCCCACCACUCAUGUCUUCGACACCUCCCGAAGCAAAUCCUGGAAAUUUCUCGAUUGGGCAGACAACCUCGACAAAUCCGCCGGCAUGCACGGCUUACUGCUCUAUUGCCUCAAGCACGUCAACCAACUAGCCCGCCUUCUCUCCAUCGAUCCCUUGCCAUACAUCGACACCAUCAACCUCAUGACCACCGCCGCCGCCAAAACCUUCCUCGACCCAUCCACCAACACCAUAACCUCCGGCCCCAACGCCCAAAUCUCUCUCGCGUCCGCAGCCUGGCUCACCCUCGCCGGCGCCCUGCCCCCGCAAACCUGCCGCCAGGCCCUCCUCUCCGCCCUCCACCACCCCGACACCAUCCACCCACUAACCCCAUACCUCUACCAUCACCUCAUCGACGCGCUCGCCACCGUCCAUCUCUACGACGAAGCAAUCUCCAUACUCAAACGCUACUGGGGCGGCAUGGUCAUUGCUGGCGCAGACACGUUCUGGGAGUGUUUUGAUGAGAAGGAUCCGCGGCGGAUUGCUGGCUCAGUGGUUGCUGGCUCAGUCGUUGCUGGCUCAGUCGUUGCUGGCUCAGUGGUUGCUGGCUUAGUGGUUGCUGGCUCAGACGUUAAAGAUUGGAUUGUUGAGGACUCGGCUGUUGGAGACUCUGACGUUGAAGUUUCGGAUGUUGAAGUUCCAAGCGUUGAAAAUUCGGUCGUUGAAGACUGGGUCGUUGAAGACUGCGUCAUUGAAGACUCCGAAGAUGGCGUCACGACAUCAUCGCCUCUUAUCUUUGAUGAACGAAUCGAUCUGGAUGGUGGCUCCACAACGAUACGCGUGAGACUAUGCUCGGGUCCGGAAGUCUUUGCCACCCCCUUCGGGUUGUUCCCGAACGUUGUGGGCGGCAUUUUCGGCAUGCAGUUACAUGUCGAUUUAGUCGACGAGGUCGUGGAGGUGGUAGUUGAGGACGCAGUCAAGGAGGUGGUUGACGACCUAGUGGAAGACGUAGUCUGCGUUGCACUGGAAGAUGUGGUGGAGGAGGUACUUGACGAUGUGGUGGAGGAGGUGCUCGACGAUGUGGUGGAGGAGGUACUCGACGAUGUACUGGACGAGGUUGUCGUCGGAAGCCGGAUCGGAGUGCGUGCGCUUUCAGGCGUCGUGGUUGUGGAAGACGUCGUCGUGAUGAUAAUCACCGCAGUGCUCGAGCCCGUAGUCGUCGUGAUCAGCUUAGGCGUGGGCGGGUCUUGCACGAGCGUUUCCGUUAUACUCGGGUCAAGGUCGCACCCAAAUCCUGAAUACACUCCCGUUGUAUACUUCUUACAGUACGUCUGUAUGCCGUCUGUGCUGCGCAACAUAUUGUCAGCUAUGGAUUCGUAG